AUGACCAGUGAUGCCAACCCUCACCAACGUUCUUCCUCGCCCUUGAAACGACGUGCUUCCAGCAUGGACCCCGACGCCGACGUUGAGAUGAAGGAGGACGUCGAGAUGACCCCGGCCCAAACGACCGAGGACCCCGAGAGUGCCCCGUCUACCUCCAAAACACACCUGCCCCGCGCCAUGAGCGUCGAUUUGCCCGACAACGCUGCGAACGGUCAUUCCGGUGCACCCAAAGACAAGGAUAUUCCUCCGCUGCCAGAGCAGAUCAAGACGAUUCAGACACUUCUCAAGGCUUUCAACGACGAGCCCCCCAAAGCAGGCACUGUUGCGUACAUUGUGUCGAGAUCGUGGGUGGAAAAGGCGCUAGCGCUGGGUGGAGACCCCAAAUUUGCAAAGAAAGAGGCGUCAGACGAGCCACUGGGACCUGUCGACAAUUCGGGCGUGAUCCUCGAGGUUCUGAAGCAACCCAAUGGCGAUGACUUUGUGCGGAUGAAGCCCGGCGUCAGCUUGGAGGAAUGCGAACUCUUUCCCGAAGAUGCCUGGACGCUUGUGUCUGAGUGGUAUGGUGUGAAGGAAGGCCAAAAGCCUAUUGUUCGUCUUGCUAUCAACACGGCGACCGACGCUGCAAGCCCUGCCAACAUCAUGUUCGAGCUUCAUCCUCCCAUUUUCACGGUUCACAGGGUCGAAUCGCCUGCCAGUCCCUUCCAGGUUAAUGACGAGCUCAAGGCCAAGGGCCCGUUCGUCUUGGCCCGAAGCUCCACCAUGCCGUAUAAUGCGUUUUACAAGGAGUUGAAGCAGCUCAUGGGUAUUCCCCUUGACCGCAAGAUCCGUGUGUGGCAAGUCUUGCAGAAGCCGACCACGCCAGUUGUGCAGGACCUGUCGCCCCCGUCUACGUUGACGCCGCCCGAGUCACCCAACCCCGACAAGCAGGCCGAAACCUCGGCCGACCCCUGGCAAAAGCUGCUGAUUAGACCGACUGUCCUCACGGCUCUUGCUAGAGACACUGAGCGCGUUCAGGUUACGGCGGAUGACAGGACAGGCGACGAAAACUACAACGGCCGUUCUCCCGUGUCUUUCUACGGGCUAUCGCAGGACUGCAUCCUUGUCGUUGAUGAACAGUACAGUGCCAACUCCUGGGUGUCCGGCUUGGGCAAGAAAACCGCCAACGACAAGGUCAUUGCCUCACGAGGUAGCGCCUCGAGCUUGACUACACAAGGGAAAGGCACCAGUGGCCGAAACAGCCCUGCUCCGGGGCCUGUUACCAGAGGUCGGACCCAGCAGAAGAAGCCAGGCAGAGGUCUUGGCGCCGUCGGUCUCCAAAAUCUGGGUAAUACUUGCUACAUGAACUCGGCUCUUCAGUGCGUUCGCAGCGUUGAGGAAUUGACAAAGUACUUCCUGACCGGCGAGUACGAGAAGGAAAUCAACAAGGCCAACGCGCUUGGCUACAAGGGACAGGUCGCAAUGGCAUACGGCAAUCUUCUCAAGGAGAUCUACGCGGAGUCAAGAGGCGCCGUAAGCCCGCGCGACUUCAAGAACACUGUCGGCCGCGCUCGCAGCACGUUCCAGGGCUGGGGUCAGCAGGACACUCAAGAGUUCCUCGGAUUUCUUCUCGACGCCCUGCAGGAAGAUCUGAGCCGCAUCAAGAAGAAGCCGUACAUUGAGAAGCCUGAUUCUACCGAUGAGAUGAUUGGCGAUGAGGCGGCCAUCCGAAAGAUGGCGGAAGAGGUGUGGGACAUCACGCGCAAGCGUGACGACUCAGUUGUCGCGGACCUCUUCACCGGACUGUACAAGUCGACUCUGAAGUGCCCCGUCUGCGACAAGAUCUCCAUCACUUUCGACCCCUUUAGCAAUCUGACCUUGCCGCUUCCCGUGGAGGACAUGUGGAGUAGAACUGUCAAAUUCCUGCCAUUGAACGAUGCGCCUGUACAGAUCGAGGUUGAGCUGUCAAAGCACAGCGCCAUUGAGGGGCUCAAGAAGACCAUCUCGGAUAAGACUGGCGUGCCUGUGGAGCUGUUACUAGGAGCUGAAGAGUUUAAGGGCAAAUUCUUCAAGGUCUACGACGAUAGCAGCGACGUGUCGGAUGAGAUCCAGUCCAACGACAUUCCCACUUUCCACGAGCUUGAGGUAGCACCAACGAACUAUCCUCCCAAGCAAAAGAAGAUGGGUGCGCCUACUUCUAUGCUAGACAUCAGCGACGAGCCCUAUGUCGAUCCUCUCACCGAGCGAAUGGUCGUCACUGUCCUUCACCGCAAGCGCAAUAACAACAACACCUACCGCAUGAGAUCAGACGAUGUGGCCUCGCCUCCCCACUUCAUCGUUCUCACUCCCGAGGAAUCUCGGAACGAGGACGCCAUUCGCCGCAAGAUCUUGGAAAAGGUGGCGACAUUCUCUACUUGGUCCGAAUUCUCCGAGAACGACGACAGCACCGAUGCCGACAUGGUCAUCACGUCCCAGUCCGACGCUGAUUCAUCGGGGGACAGUAAGAUUGUCUCCCACUCAGUAGAAGGAGAAGAUGACUUAGUUGAUGUCUCCAUGGUCGCAGGCGGGCAAAAGUCGAAUGGCCGACAAGCUCUGAAGCAGUUUAACACCACUCGCCCCAAAUGGGUCAACAGCAGCGCCUACCUUCCGCCUCAACUGCAGAACCUGUUUGAGCUCAGCUUUUUCAACGAGAAUGGUGACUCACCGCUGCCAACCGGUUGGAACUCAGUCGACGACAACAAGAACUUCCGCACUCUGGCUUCUAGGGCACCCGAGACCACGCCCGAGGCAGACUCCAACAGCCCUGGUUCUUCCCACACCGCUGACAGUGAACACGAGAGUGUGAGCGAGGAGCAAUCUCCACAGUCGGUUGAGGAGCAGACCCGCAUGGCAGACGAGUCGGAGGAGGAUGAGCCGGUCCGACUCCCUCCCAAGGCCGCUCGUGGUAGAGGCAACCAUAAGGUUGGUGGAGCCCGCCGCAAGUUCAACAAGGGCAACAAGACAUACGGCAAGAAAGGCAACAAGCGUCGCAAUAAGGAGCUGCGGAACAGCAAGGAGCAGUCCUACAAUCUUGUCGACGUUGCGCCCCAGCCAUCGCCGUUGGACGAAGUUCCCGGUGGCCCCCUCAUCCGUCUUGGCGAGGGCAUCAUCGUCGACUGGACCGAAGAGUCUUGGGAAAUGGUCUUUGGUAAGGAAGAUCGCGACGACGACACUCGCGGCCAGAGGACCUUUGUCGAACCCGAGAAACUUGAGGACCAAGCUCUCGAGCAGAAGCGUAAGACGCGAAUGGCUCGUAAGAAGCAGGGAAUUACUCUUGAGGAAUGCUUGGACGAGUUCGAGAAGGCCGAAGUGUUGUCUGAGCAGGACAUGUGGUACUGCCCACGCUGCAAAGAACACCGACGUGCCAGCAAAAAGUUCGACCUUUGGAAAACGCCAGACAUCCUCAUUGUCCACCUGAAGAGAUUCAGCAGCUCAGGUUGGCGCCGCGACAAGCUUGAUGUUCUGGUCGACUUCCCCAUCGAAGGUCUCGAUCUGCACAAGCGCGUCCUCUGCCAAGAGACGGGUAAGGAAGAGAUCUACGACCUCAUUGCCGUCGAUGACCAUUUCGGCGGUCUCGGUGGCGGUCACUAUACGGCGUACGGACGUAACUUUGUCGAUGGACAGUGGUACAACUACAACGACACGUCGGUUAGCAAGACAUCGCCUGAGAGUGUUAUCACCAAGGCAGCGUACCUGCUGUUCUACCGCCGCCGCUCAGACGGCCCCUUGGGCGGUCCCCGUUUCAAGGAAAUCUUCGACAAGUUCGACAAGGGCGGCGAAGAUGACGAAGAGGGAGACACCAGCUCGGGGGAAGAUCAACGUCUCGCCGGGGGCUCCUCCCUAACUGGAUCGUCGAGACUUGGGACCGGAGCCGAAGCAACUCUCCCGCGCGGAAAUCGUGGUUUGGCUAGUAGCACAAUGGCCACGGUGUCGCGCGAGACAGAGGAUGAGCUCCCGCCUUAUGAAGGCAGCUCGAGCACGAACGUUGGCAGUGAGAAUAUCCAGAACAGCAUCGAAGACGAAGGCAUCGGUAUGACUGACAACUUUGCUGGAUCGAACGGAUUUCAGGCAACACAGACGUGGAACUGGAACUCCCUGAGCUCCAAUGAUGGCCCGGCCAACUCUCUCGGGAUGGAAGGCUACGCCAGCGAUGACGCCCAGCCUGACUCUUCGGACGACAGGGACAACGAUACGGACAUGCAGUUUGACGAGACCCUUGGAGAAUACGGGGAUGCGACUCAUGAGGAAGCGCCACCGCCACCGGAUUUUAGCGCGCAAAUCGGACUCUCUGAGAUCCAGAAUGCGGCAUGGGAGCGUCAAAACAAGGACAAGGUCAUCUCGGUCCCCGCUGUCGAUGACGAUGUCGCUUCCACUGAAGCAGCGGAGAUCCAUCUCGAGGACGAGGCGGACCAGCGUCCUCGGUCCUAG